CGAAAACGGGAGUCUGCCUUGAUCCUCUCGCUGGAUAUAACGUCACAGGUGCACUCUGUCUAAGCUGGAGUUGCUGCCAUGAGUGACACUCUGGAAUUCAAUGAAAUUUAUCAGGAGGUCAAGGGCACCUGGAAUGAUGGGCGUCUGCGCUUCACUAAGCAGACAGUGGUGUAUAAAAACAACAAGACUGGAAAGGUGGACACCAUUUCCGUUCCUGAGCUCACUCAAGCCCAGUGGAGGAGAGUCUGUCUGGGUCACGGCAUCAAACUGUCCACCAGCACUGGUCAUAUCUACAAAUAUGACGGCUUCAAAGAUGCUGACUUGGAGAAGAUUACAGAGUACUUUAAAGCCAACUACAAAGUGGAGUUGGCAGAGAAAGAUAUGUGUGUGAAGGGCUGGAAUUGGGGCACUGCUAAAUUCGGCGGACCGUUGCUCUCGUUUGAGGUGAGUGACAGUCCUGCAUUUGAGAUUCCACUCUCCAGUGUAUCUCAGUGUGCAACAGGAAAGAAUGAGGUCACGUUGGAGUUUCAUCAGAACGAUGACACAGAGGUCUCCCUCAUGGAGGUGCGCUUCUAUGUACCGCCCACCCCAGGAGAUGAAGGUUCAGACCCUGUGGAUGCAUUUGCCCAGAAUGUUCUGUCUAAGGCAGAUGUGAUCCAGGCUACAGGAGAUGCUGUGUGUAUCUUCAGAGAGCUGCAGUGCCUCACACCCAGGGGCAGGUACGAUAUUCGUAUUUAUCCCACAUUCCUCCAUCUGCACGGUAAGACGUUUGACUACAAGAUCCCUUACACCACCGUGCUCCGCCUCUUCCUGUUACCUCAUAAAGACCAGCGGCAGAUGUUCUUUGUGAUCAGUCUGGACCCUCCCAUUAAACAGGGUCAAACUCGCUAUCAUUUUCUCAUUCUUUUGUUCUCCAAAGAAGAGGACAUCAACCUCACUCUCAACAUGAAUGAGGAGGAGGUGGAGAGACGUUUUGAGGAACUUAAUAAAAACAUGUCUGGCUCUCUCUAUGAGAUGGUCAGCAGAGUCAUGAAGGCCCUGGUCAACAGGAAGAUCACAGUGCCUGGAAAUUUCCAAGGGUAAAACGUGCAUACACUCAGGCCCCUUUGCAGCAUGAACAUUUUUGCGGGAAAUGCAUAUAGUGACAUAUGCCUUCAUCAUUCAGGGCUGCACAGUUAAUCGGAAAAAUAAUUCAG